AUGAAGGAAGGACAUCGAUCACACAGACAAUAUAAUGAAGUAAAUUGUAUAUUAAAAAGACAACUAGAGAAAGAUUAUGAGUACGAACUCAAUCGCAAUCAAGAAUAUGAAUUGGGAUUAAAGUAUUUCUCUGUUUACAAUUCCAUUAGAAAUAUCAACGAAAAAAAUAACCAAAUUAAAUUCAAAACCAUACGUUUACUACCAGGAAGCUACGAAUACGUAGCCAUUAACGAAUACCUAUCUGAAUAUGGAGGAAGUGCAAAUGGUAAAAACAAUAUUGAAUUCGAAGGUAAUUUGAAUUUGAACAAAAUAAAAUUGAUAUUAAGAAAUAAUAGUCAAGUUGAUUUCAACGUAGAAAAUUCAUUGAAUACGUUACUAGGAUUUGAUAAACAAAUAUACACGCAAUCCACUUUAGCACCACACAAAGCUAAUAUCGAGAAUGAUAUCGAUGUGAUAAAUAUACAUUGCAAUUUGAUAAACGGUGGAUUUUUCAAUAUAUACCAACGUCAGAUUAUUUACAGUCUUCCAACAUUCACUGUACCGAUAGGAUAUAGAAUUAUAGAGAAACCAUUUAAAACGACAUAUUUACCACUUAAUUCCUUUAUGAUUAAAGAUAUAAAUCUGGAAAUCAAAGAUGCGGCGGGUGCAGCAACUGGUCGAAUAUCUGCCACAGCCAAAGCUGCCAACGCAAAGAAAGCAGCUGAUGCUAAAGCCGCUGAAGAACGCAGACAUAAUUUAAUAAUGGAAAAGGAAGCCAAAGGUUCAGGAGUGGGAGAUAUGAUCUAG